AGAUCAUCGUCCUCGAGCUCGCCAGGCCGCAUCGAUGCGACGCACCCUCCGACAGAUUUUUGCGCGCAACACACAGCUAAUGUGUGCCUUUAGGUGAAUUUGUGCGCCUCUCUGCGCCUUGUUGCCAUCCAUCCCGACUCCCUUGGUCUUGUUGCAGAGGUCGACAGCCCCUCGGCGAACUUUCUAACCCCGCGGUUGGCGUGCUGCGAGUCAGGGCAGCCCUAGAGGCAAACACAACUCCCACAACAGCAGCAGCAGCAGUAACCCCUCGAACAACAUUUUCCUCGACACCAUGGCCAUGGCGGACGCCAUUCCUCCUGCGCCGACGAGAGCAUUGCCUCCAAUUCCGACCGACGCCGCCAACGGGCGACCCGACAGCUCUUUCGAGACCAGGCGAUCAAGCCGCUCCAGCACCGACAGUCGGACACCAUCUCUCAGGCGGAAGCCGGUGCCCGGUACCACGCCGUCCGGCAUCCCCUCCUUCAGCAUUGACGAACAUGAGGACACGACAGCAGGCGCUCGUGAAUCCAUGCAGUCUGCGUCGUCGGUGGUGCCCAGUUCCACCGGUCAUUCGCGGACACCCUCGAGAGAAACGCCGGACAUCGCAGCAGGAGGCAUCGAGCCCAUAACGCGAGACAUUCCUAUCCGGCAGCUGAACAUCAGCGAUAACUCCUACAAUGCCAGGUAUUCAUCUGUAGCAGAAAUGGACGUUGCAAACAUACCCGAGGAAGACGACCCAGCCAGAUAUUCUCCUGACUCUGCCUACGACCAGCCUGCGUACCAAGUGCUCCCCCCACGUCAAUCUUCCAUGCCGCGCGGUGCGGCCUAUUCUCCCGAAGCCGGCUCGCGGCACUCUUCCCAGAGCGACAACAGCGGGGGACAGAACAACUUUAACUUUGGCUUUGAGGCCAACUCACCUCUGCAGGUUCCUCGCACGUCGCUUCCGCGGCCCAGCUCUGCAUACACACUAGGCAGCGAGCUCAAUGCUCAAAAUCGACACUCACCACGCUUGUCGGUGGGAGGUGGUUCGGCGUCCCCAACGUCUAAUGGCUCCCAGGCCAAUUACGCUAGGCAGCUGGCCGCCAGUCGCAGGUCACCCGAUAACAGACCGGUGUCAUACGUUGACCUUUUGAACCUCCCUUACAACCAGCAAAUUGCACCAGCUGCGAACAUAGGAAAUGCGCAGCUUCGUGGUGCUGUUGGUGCAAAUGCAUCGCUGCUGGAUUCGAAGAAGACACUCGAUAUGUACAGAGCAAAUGUAAAGAAGACGCAAGACAGUGCGGUGCAGUACGAGUUUGCUUUGUUUAUGGUGCAGGUCGCACGUGAAAUCAUGGCAGCGGACCCUUCCGUUGACGACCAGGGGUUAGCAUCCCCGGAGCUGCUCCGAGAGGCACGGCAGAUCCUCCAGAAACUUGCAGAUCGCAGCUACCCGUUCGCGCAAUACUAUCUUGCAGAUGGAUAUGCAUCGGGCUUAUUCAAUAAGGAUAAGCCUGAUUAUGAUCGCGCAUUUCCACUUUUCGUGGCGGCCAGCAAGCACGGGCAUGCGGAGUCGGGGUACCGCGCUGCGCUUUGUUACGAGUUCGGGUGGGGGUGCCGGAAGGACUACGCCAAAGCUGCGCAAUUCUAUCGCGCUGCAGCGUCGAAAAACCAUCCUGGUGCUGCCGCGCGCCUAGGAAAGGCAUGCUUAACUGGAGAUAUGGGUCUGCUGAACAAAUACCGAGAGGGCGUCAAGUGGCUCAAACGAGCAACCGAAUCGGCUGACCAUCAGUACAACAACGCUCCGUACGAAUUGGGCCUUUUACACGAGACGGGUUACGGCGACGACAUAUUCAAGGAUGAGGUCUAUGCGGUCCAGCUGUUUACACAGGCCGCAGAGCUUGGGCAUGCACAAGCUGCGUUAAGAUUGGGCGAAUGCUACGAACACGGCCAACUUCGCUGCCCCAAGGAUGCCGCUCUGUCGGUGCACUACUACAACUGCGCUGCGCAAGCCGAUAUACCAGAAGCGAUGAUGAACCUGUGUGCGUGGUAUAUGGUCGGCGCCGAACCUGUGCUGGAGAAAGACGAAAAUGAAGCAUACGAGUGGGCCAAGAGAGCAGCAGAGCACGGUCUUCCUAAAGCUGAGUAUGCCUGCGGCUAUUUCACAGAAAUGGGCAUUGGGUGCCGCCGCGACCCCCUCGAAGCCAACGUCUGGUACGUCAAAGCCGCCGACCACGGCGACGAGCGGGCCAAGCAGCGACUCGCCAUCAUCCAGGCCGCCGCCUCGGGGCAAACGCAUGUUCCAGCGAACGACAAAAGCAACAAACUCAAAAAGGGAGGCAAGGACGACAAGGAUUGCUUGGUUAUGUGAGUGAGCAGUUGGAGACAGGCAUUGUUUGGGCGUUGCUUCUCGCUUUUCCGCAUCCACAUUGGCAUUGGGGGCCUUUAUCUACCAUCUUGACUAAUCUUCGGCGGGUCCCGUCGUACGUUUUUCUUUUCUCUUCUACUUUCGGGGUCGAAUUUGGCGGCAUUUUGGCGAUAUGGAGGUUUUGCAUGGUACUUGUUUUCUGGUGGGACCGGUUCGAUCAAUGGCAUUGUUACCACCGGGACGGCCCUGGAGGACAGGCGUCUGCAUCAUUGUUUGUUUGUAUGUGAGGCCUGGAUACCCGGCUGGCUAGCGAGUUAAUAGCGUAAUGAGUUGGAGACGAAUCGAUGGCGUCUGUUG